AUGCAGUACACCACCAUUCUCCUCGGCCUUGUCGGCCUUCUCAGCCUUUCCACCGCCACGCCUAUUCUCCCAAAGGCCGUUGGUACUCCUCUUGUCUCCCCGGGCCAAUUCAUUGCGUCUGCUGAGCCCAUUGCCCCUUCCUCGAUUGCUCCCGCUACCGACAACAACAACAAGGACAUCAACAACGACAUCAACAACGGCAACAAUAACAACGACAUCAACAAUGGCAACAAUAAAAGCGACAAGAACCAAGAUAACAUCAAUCUUGCGCGCGCCGUCCCCGCCGAAGAUAAAAAACUGGCGUGGAUCAAGGUUGACGGGCACUGGGUCCAAAUCAACAGUCACUGCAGCCAUGACUUCGUCAAAGACGAGUACGAGAAACGACCAUACAUCAACAAGAUCACUCGUGAAUUCAAAAACCCAGGCACAGAGAGAAGGUCGGUCGCCAAAGAGUGGCUCCUAGUCGACGGGCAAUGGCGCCACGUUGAGAAAAAGUGUGUCCACAACAUGGGCGACGACCUGAAGACGAUGGAGAAUGAAGAGGACAACAAGCCCGAGGCUCCCAUAACCCGGCGUCAGAUUACCGCCCCUGCUAAACCAUUUGUGCAUUUACCGACUGUUCUUGUUCCUGAAAUGAAGCAUACGGAUGUCUUCCAGCAUCUUGCCGAAGAGCUCGCGAAGCAGUACCGGGACGCGUACGUUUUCAACAACUAUAGCACCGCCAACAAGCACAACAACACCAAAACCGCCGGCCUUGACAUCUUCCGCUCUCUGCUUCCAGUCCUCGAAGCGCUCCGCCACAAGGAACACGACGACAAUCUCAAACACCAGAAGAUACUCGCGGAACUGGUCAAGGAGAUGGCAAAGUUGUACCAGGAGGACCACCAUGACAAAUCUGUCAAUGGCACUCUUGUAACGCAUCAACUUACUGUUCCCAGUGGCCUUGUGCCGAUUGUGAACGGCCCUCUCCGUCUGUGGUAA